UAAGGGUACUGGUAAGGAAGUAAAUGAGAGACAGUCCGAACACGACCCCCAGGACCCAACGCUUGCGCAAAAGCCGGCGCAACACCAUGGAGGCGUUCUUCUGGAUGUGCACCAGACCCAGUUUUGGAGGUCCUGGUGAUAAAGUGGGUGCCAUGCAAAGACGCCACAGCAGCAACACGGAGGGCAUGCCGCCAGAAAGGAACAGAAGUCAGACUCUCGGUUCUGAGAGCAGUCUUGAUGAAGGUGGCGUGUUUGACUGUUUGAAGCCAAACUCUCCUACAUCCCCACAGCAGCUUUUCUCUGGUCUGGUGGGGGUCUCUGCUGGGAACGUGUCUUCAGCUCCCUUCCAGGCUGCAGGGAUUGUUCUGGGUUCUCCCCCGGAUGUCUUUAUCCAAAUGGCGUCCUCGUCGAGGGACGAAGGCUCUCACCGGACCGAGAACCCACCUUAUCUUCCUCGGCCUCCUCAGCACCACCAUCAUCAUCACCAUCAUCACCACUCCGGCCAGCACCGAUCCGCUCUUCUGCACGCGGCAACCUCCUCUGAGAGGCACGGGAGCAGGGAUGACGGGGGAGAUGAUACCUCCACCCCUGCUCCUGCUCUCUCUGAGCUCAAAUCUGUGGUCACAUGGCUACAGAGAGGAUUUCCAUUCAUUCUCAUUCUCCUUACCAAAGUCUGCUUCCAGCACAAGCUCGGUAUUGCCAUUUGCAUCGGAAUGAUCAGCACAUUUGCCUUCGCUAACUCGUCUCUGAAGCACCAGGUUGCAUUGCGGGAGGAGAGGUCUGUAUUUACAACCCUCUGGAUUAUGAUCUUUCUUGCUGGCAACAUUGCGUAUCUGUACUACACUUUCAGCCCUGAACAACUUCACAAUAGCCUUAUUUUUGCCAAGCCGAACAUUGACAGCUUUAAUUUCUUUGACCUGAUCUGGGUUGUUGGGAUAACAGAUUUUGUGCUGAAAUAUUUCACCAUCGAGCUCAAAUGCCUCGUUCUGUUCCUGCCGAAAAUGAUCCUCGCUUUCAAGUCCAGGGGGAAGUUUUAUAUGUUGAUAGAGGAGCUGAGUCAGCUCUUCAGAGCGUUGGUUCCCAUCCAGCUGUGGUACAAGUACAUCAUGGGAGAAGAUCCGUCCAACAGCUACUUCCUGGGUGCGAUGCUGAUUAUCAUCUACAGUCUGUGCAAGUCGUUUGAUCUGUGUGGAAGAAUAUCUGGCAUUCGUAAAGCAUUUGUUAUUCUCUGCAGCUCACAGGUGAGUGCAGUAACCUGUCUUGACAUAUAAAAGUGCAUUUUAGAUACAUCCAAUCAUUUCUAGCGUUAUUUCUUUAUUUUUUGUUAGAAUACUUUGUGUUUUGCACACUUCUUGUUCACUCUUUAUUAACUCUUGUUCAUGUUUGUGGGUCUUGUAAACUCACAGUUGAUAAAUCAAUACAGACAUAAAAAUAUAUGUAAAAAUACCACAUACAGGAACAUAUAAGGUGAAUAUUUGUCAGUUGCCUUUGUUGAAUCACAUUUAUGAAAAAGUUGCUAUUCAUUUUCUGUAAGAAAUGUAGUCAUUUAUAGGGCUGGCAAACGAUUAAUCGCAUCUAAAAUAAAAGUGUUUACAUAACGUAUGUCUGUGUACAUUAAUUUUGUAUUUAUAAACACAUACACGUACUGUAAAUAUUUCCUAAAUGUAUAUGUAUUUGUAUUUAUUUUAGUGCUUUCAAUCGAUUAAAAAGAAGAAUCUGAUUAAUCACACAUUUUUUCUGUGAUUAACGCAAUUGAUCGCACAUAACAUUAAUUUUUUAAAAUAUACUUUUAGGUUCUAAUAAUUUCUCCAGAUUAAUGUAGAAAAAACAGAUUUCUUUAACGGCAUCAUUUUAUGAAUGAAAGCCAACAUUUUGAUAUUAGUACUGCAACUGAUGUCUCUAUUAAUUAUAUAAUCUCUAUUGAUUAUUUUUUAUUUAUUUUAACUUUAAUUAUAGUCAUUCAACAGUAUAAUUGAGAGCUCUCAUGUCUAAUAGGUAGGAAAUAUACAGAAAUUUAAUGAAGUUCUCAAACACUUUACAGUCUUUAAUGCUAAAUUAAAAACAGAAGAAUUCUCAUUAAAGCAACAAAACACAAUGAUUUCCUCUUUUCUUUUGUUCUUUGAUUAACAUUAGUGGCAGGAGUCACAGCAGCAGGUUUGAGAAUGCGUCCCUUUUAAAAGCUGUCUCUCUACGCAGAUCUGACGCCUCUCCCAUUUUAACAACUCUUUGCAUUCAUUUAGGAUUUUAUUUAACGCGUUGAAGUCUGUGCUUACGAAAAUGCUAGACAAACGGGCUUUCUGGCAUAAUCUUGUGUGGUUUUGUUCAUUCAAGCAGGAAAGAGAACUUAAUACUGGUUGCUAAAAGUGAUUCACUGACGCAGCCUUUAGCCCGUGACUGUAUGCACGAGACGGGACUGCUGCCGCGUUGCGUUUUGCCGCGUCAAAUCAACUGUUUCAAAUAGGGCUUAAGUGGUUUAAAACCCUUUACAUGAAUAAGAGCGUGAUUAUAUAAUGUAACGCUAGACAAAGGAUGACCAAACAAACGGAUGCUGCGUUAAUUGCGUUAAAUAUUUUAACGCGUUAAUCUAAAAUAAAAUUAAACGAAUGCGUUAACGCGUUAACGUUGACAGCCCUAAUUUAUUUAUAUUUAGCAAUAAUUUAAAUGAUGUAUAAAUGUUUAUUAAUUUAUAUAUCAUACUUUUUUUACAUGUUAUAACAUAUGUUUUUAUGAAUACAAAAUUAAUAUGCACAGUACACAGGCAUAUAUUAUGUAAACACAAAUUUUUAUUCUGGACACGAUUAAUUGUUUGACAGCCCUUGAAUUUUUUUAACCUUCAAUAUAUCUAAAUGUCUGAGGUUGAGAAAACAACAAAUAGCAUAAUUUUAAGUAAACAUUAAAAACGGUCCUACAGAUUAGACCACCAUGCACACAAAGGUUAAUAAACGACCACAGCAUUGAAUUCACACGUUUUAAUGGAUAUACAAUGGAUUGUUUGUUAUAGUACUCAUUGUUUUGUAAAUGUGAUUACACAUCAAGGCGGUGGGAAAGAUCACCCAGUGUGUGUGUGUGUGUGUGUGUGUGUGUGUU